AUGGCUACCAACUUUACUCAGAAAUUUCAGGCCGGAGAGUCUUAUGGCGAUGAGCGUCAAGACUCAGCCAACUUUUUCAAUGAUCCCGCGAAGGUUGCAGCCGACAUCUUAAAAGACUAUGUCUCCGUACGUGGGCAGACGUCUCCGGCUGAGCUCGUGGGCCUCAUCAAAGAGUUGCUCCAGAAAGGCGAGCCUCUUGAUGACAAGAAAGGAACGACCGAGGUCCUCAUUGGCAUCCUGACAUCUCUGCCUGCCACCUCCAAAGCUAGGACGGCGCUCACCAACAAGCUCAUUGACACACUGUGGGGAAAUCUCCAACACCCCCCUCUGAGCUAUGUUGGUGGCGACGUCAAGUACGAUGCUGUUAAUGAGACGGGAGAAGUCCUUGACAGCAAAGGAGAGCCGAACGCAAGAGAGCCUCAAGCCACCGACUCAAUUGAGUUCACAGCCCCGGGCACCAACAUCCUUUUACGCGAGCAGGUGCCGCAAGCGCCGGAUGGCUUACACCACUACCGCUCUCCUGAUGGAAGCUUCAACAACAUUCUCGAGCCCAACUUGGGCAAGGCUGGAACUCCUUACGCCAAGUCCGUUAGAACGUCCAAGAGACUUCACGGUGUCAAGCCUGACGCGGGUCUGCUUUUUGACCUGUUGUUGGCUCGUGAAGAAGGGACUUUCAAAGAAAAUCCGGCUGGUAUCUCAUCGAUGCUGUUCUACCACGCGUCCAUCAUCAUUCAUGACAUCUUCAGAACCAACCGCACGGACAUGAACAAGAGCGAUACGUCGUCCUAUCUUGACUUGGCACCGCUGUACGGCUCGUCACUCAAGGAUCAGCUUGAGAUCAGAACUAUGAAGGAAGGCAAGCUCAAGCCCGACACGUUCCACGAGAAGCGCCUCCUUGGGCAGCCCGCGGGCGUCAACGUCAUGCUUGUCCUGUACUCCCGCUUCCACAACUACGUCGCCGAUAUCCUGCUCAAGAUCAACGAGAAUGGACGCUUCACACUGCAAGCCGGAGCCAAUGCCACUCCCAUUGAGAAAGCCAAGGCUGUCGCUAAGCAGGACCAUGACCUCUUCAACGUGGCGCGUUUGAUUGUCGGCGGCCUGUACGUCAACGUCUCAUUGCACGACUACUUGAGAGCGAUCACCAACACGCACCACUCCAAGAGCGACUGGACUCUUGACCCUCGUGUUGAGAUUGGCAAGCAAUUCGACAGCGACGGCGUGCCUCGCGGUGUCGGUAACCAAGUCAGUGUCGAGUUCAACUUGCUGUACCGCUUCCACUCUUGCAUCUCGAAGAAGGAUGAAAAGUGGAUCGACGGAUUCUUCGGCAAGCUGUUCAAGGGCAAGAAGUCCGAGGACUUGCAAAACAUUGGCAUGGCCGAGCUCGGCUUGGCUUUCGUGGAGUACGAGAAGUCGAUUCCCAAAGACCCCAGCGUUCGCACGUUUGAUGACUUGAAGAGACAAGAGGACGGCACCUUCAAGGAUGAAGAUCUUGCUCGGAUCCUCAAGGAGGCUAUGGAAGACCCGGCUGGUUGCUUCGGUGCUCGUAUGGUCCCCAAGGCGCUCAAGAUUGUCGAGAUUCUCGGAAUCAACCAGGCACGCAAGUGGCAAGUUGCGUCGCUGAACGAAUUCCGAGAGUUCUUUGGCUUGAAGAAAUACGACAAGUUCAGCGAGAUCAACUCCAACCCUGACAUUGCCAAACUCCUCGAGAAGCUCUACACCGACCCCGACAUGGUCGAGCUUUACCCUGGACUCAUGAUCGAAGACAUCAAGCCGGUCCGCAACACGGGCAGCGGUAUUUGCCCGACAUACUCUGUCGGCCGAGCUGUGCUCUCUGACGCCGUCACGCUUGUCCGCUCAGAUCGUUUCAACACACUCGACUUCACCGUGAGCAACCUGACGGCGUGGGGAUUCAACGAGGUUCAGCAGGAUUACAAGACUCUCGGUGGUUCCGUGCUUUACAAGCUCAUUCAGCGAGGUCUCCCCAACUGGUUCCCUUACAACUCCGUCGCAGUCAUGCAGCCCAUGUACACUAAGAAGAUGAACGAGACCAUUGCCAGGGAGAUUGGUACCUUCCACCUGUACACUCUGGACGACCCAACACCUCCACGCAAGACCGCCGUCACUGCGUCAAGCGCAGCCAUCAAGCAGGUCUUGGGCAACCCCAAGCAGUUUGUCGUGCCGUGGCUUAGGUCUCUUCAGGCCAUGUUCACGGAUACGAAGAAGGACGUCAGCUGGUUCAUGCUCGCGGGUGACGAGCAGAAGAACUUCCAGCAUCGCACCAACAUCAAGAAAGCAUUGAGCAAGAUCCCGAACCUGCACAACGCGGUUCACGAAUUCAUCGAUCGUGUGGGUGCGCAGCUCAUCGAGAAGGAGACAUUCAAGAUGAAGGAGGGUCUUCACCAGAUCGACAUUAUCCGUGACGUUGCCAUCCCGUUGAAUGCUCAGCUUCUCGCCGACCUCUUCUACUUCGACCUGCGCACCGAGGAGAACCCCGGCGGUACUCUCGGAGCCGCUGAGCUCUACAAUCACUUGCUCAAUAUCCGAGUCUGGGGGGUCAAUGACAACGACCCAGCCCAGUCUUGGAACCGUCGCCGCCGCGCGAUCGAGAGUGCCAAAGUUAUUAUCGAUUCGACGGCCGGACCCGUCAAAGAGGUCCACGCCGGGCGUGGCCUGGGCUUCGGCAUCGCCAACGCCAUCUCCAGCGCGGUCGGCCGCAGGGCCAACUUCAAGAAGGACUCGCUACGAUCGUGUGGUUACAAGUUUGUCGAGGAGCUCUUGGCUCAAGGAAACUCGCCGGAGCAGGUCGUAGAUAACAUGUGGCUGACAGCCUUUGGCGGCAUUGGUGUUCCUGUCACAGCGUUUUACGAAGUACUGGAGUUCUUCCUGCGUCGCGAGAACGCCUCUAUCUGGGCCGAGGUACAGAACCUCGCGCAGAAGAAGGACGACGCAGGACUGCACGCCUACGUCCGCGAGGCGCAGCGUCUCACCAGCGGACAGCGCAACGUUCGCGUGGCGACGGCGCCGGCUGAUAUCGACGGCCAGAAGAUCCAGCCGGGUACUGCGGUCGUGCUGCUUCUUGGCGUUGCUGGGCGGAACCCCAAGGAGAUUGCCAACCCCGACAAGUUCGAUCCCAACCGCAAGGCCGAGGACGUGUCUGCUUUCAGCUACGGUCAGCACGAGUGCUUGGCCAAGGACAUUGCGACGACGUUCGUUGUGGGACUUGUCAAGCUCGUCGCUGAUCUCAAGCAGCUGCGCCCAGCACCGGGUCAGAUGGGUGUGGUCAAGACCAUUCAGGUCGGCAGCGAGAAGGCCUAUCUGAACGACAGCUGGUCGUACCUUGGCUUUGACGCCAGCACUUGGAAGGUUCACUUCGACGGCCACGGAAAGGGAAAUUUCACGGGCGAUGUUACACCUAACAACCCCAUUGACUUGGGGCAGUACUACUAUCUCCUCAAGCAGCGCAAGGAAAACUUGCUGAGUGGUCUCAGUGGGCCGGCCAGCAUCCGUUCCCAAUAG